UGGAGCUCGACCCUGUCCUCUCGCAAAACCACAACACGCCCCAGCGUGCCGGCCAUUGCAGCCGACUGACGACAGCAACGAACGGCGGAUUUUUUUCGAGCCAGAACAUGUAACCGCCGUGGCUCGACGGAAGAAAACGAAUAUCGCCCAUUCCGUCGCACGAGCCCUAACCGAGUGCGACUCGCCAGCGCUGCUCUGAGCUGCCUAGAUACCCAGUUUUCUCUCCCACGACAGCGACUCGCACCGCCAUCUACACUCCCACAGUCUCUUGCGCCCGCUCACGAAGCGAUAACAAUCAAUACGGGACAUCAAGAACAGAAAAACUGAGAUCAGAACCAGAAAACAAUGUCCAACCGCCUCUUCAACUUCUCCACCACCAGCGACACCAGCACCACCAACCCCACCCUCCCGCGCCUCCCCUCCACCCCGGACCGCCAUUCCCGCACCAACACAGGCGCAAGCCCAAACAAACAACCCGACCGCGACGACCCCUUCCGCUCAUCCGCCGCCGCCACCCACCGCUCCACCACCCCGGCCGGGCCCCCACCCUCGCGCCCGCCCGUCUCCUCCGUCGGCAGCUUCACUCCCGCCGGCGCGCCCUCCGCAAGCUACCUGGGCAGCUCCAUCAUGCGCGGCGUCACCGCUAGCGGCGGCGGCGCCGGCAGUAGCGGCGCGGGAGGGCAGGGCAAAACGGAGGACAUGACGCCGCCGCCGGUCGGCCUGUUCACCGGCAUCGGGGGCGGCUUCGCCGGUGGGGCUGGAUUUACGGGUGGGAUGGGCGUGGGCGUGAAGGGAAAGGGGAAUCUGUUCGCUGCUAUGGGUAAUGGCGGCAGUGGUGGGAGGAGGAGGAAUAAUACGCCGCUUGGGAGGUCGGUGCUGACGGCGCAGCAGCCGCGGAAGCCGAGCCGGUUGAGUCGGGCUGUUGUGGUUGAUGAGCUGGACCACUUGCGACGAGCAACGGAGGACAACGUGAGGACGUUUGGUGUGCCGGUGGAUGACGAUGAUGAUGAUGAGGGGGGUGAAGGGGCAGAGGGGGAAGAGGGUAACGGGGAGGAGAGGGAGGAGGUGGAGGGCGACGAGGAGGGGGAUAUGUGGCUGGAUAUGCCUGCCGAGCGGCAGGAUGCGGGCGACGACCCGGGCGACGAUCCGGGCGAGCUCCCUGACACUGGCGACGCGUCGGAUCUAUUAAUGCUCGCCACGCCGGCCGCGACGGAGCGGGUGCGCCGCGAAGCCGAGGACAUCUACCGCGCGUCGGCCAUGCAGACCGGCGGGGCGGCGCGCCGCAGGGAGUUCCGGUUCGCCGCGAUUGCAAAGGACGCGUAUUAUCAGCUCGGUACGGCCCCGCUCACCGAGCCGCCGCAGAUUAUUCUUGGAACGGAGAACCUGGUUGCGAGGCUGUACGAUGAGGGAGUGGCCGAGGCGGAGGACGAGGAGAGGAUGGACGAUACGCUGGCCACCGUGGCGGGGAAGCUGACAGGGCUGUGGAACAGCUAUCUCGACCAGCUGCCGCGGCCGACGGAGGAGCAUGCCGCGGAGAUAGGGCCCGGCCCGCACGCGACGCCCUUCGAGAAGGCGAACUACCUCGCCAACCUAGCGCUGCAGAUCCACCACACGCGCUACGAGGAGGGCGGCCUGGCCCGCGCCGAGCCGCUGCCCGAGACGCUGUUCCGCUGGCUCGACGAGUACCACGACAUGUACGGCAACCAGGUCGACGACAUCCUGCGGUACCGGCCCAGCCCGGCGUGCCACUCGCUCUUCUGGCAGGCCGUCUUCAUCGCGCUGCUGCGCGGCAAGGUCGGCGACGCGGCGAGGCUGCUCCGGCAGGCCGGCUGGGGCCACGUGCGGCGCGGCCAGCGCGGCGAGUACGCCUACGUCGGCCGCGCUCUGGAGAACGUGCAGCGCGCUGCCGAGGAGACCAUCGCCGUGCUGGAGAACUGCCCGGGCUACGAGGGCAACUGGGAGAUCUGGAGCAGCGACUGGACCCUGUUCCGCGUUCGCGCACGCGGCGCGCUGGAGCACUUGAGGCGGUUCGCCGAGGGGAAGGAGGGCGCGUUCGGCGACUCGGCUUUCUCGGCGUCAGCGGGGUCGGCACGAGGCAAGCAGUCGCUGACCGGUCUGGCGAGACGCGCCGAAAGCCAGGUGCCGUGGGAGAUCUACGAGAACCUCAACAUUGUGUUUGAUAUCGUCCUUGGCCAGAAGGACGCCAUCCUAGAAGCGGCGCAGGACUGGCUCGAGGCCACCGUCGGCUUGUUCGGCUGGUGGGACGAGCCGAAGCCCUCGGAGGAGCGGCCCUUCUCCAUGGCCCAGUCGCGGUCGAGGUCGCAGGCACUGGUGCUGGCCUCGGCACAACCCGCCGCCGACACGGAGAGCUAUCUCGACAGGCUUGCGCGCGCCUUCCAUGCCGCCGUGGAGUCGGACUUCCAUUUCAACUCGCAGAACCCCGUCGAGAUCGGCAUGGCCUGCGUGUUCGAGGACAACAUCAAGGCCGUCAUUGGCCUGCUGCGCGGCUGGUCGCUUCCCGUCGCCGCCGCAGUGGCGGAGAUUGCGUCGCUCGGGAAGUGGCUGCCGCCUCACAACCCGGCGGGGAUCUAUGGGCUCGAGGAUCUCGACAUGGACGACCUGGAGGUGCUCGGCAUGGACCCGGGUGCGCCGGACGAGGUUGACGGCAUCAAGGACAGCACUCUGGUUCAAUACGCGCAGGCGCUGGCCGAUUGUGACGGCCUGUCUGCGGUGAAGGACAAGUCGGGUGUCUCGCGGGACGGCUGGGAGCUCUCGAUCGGCGUGCUCGGCCGGAUGGACUCGCCUGAGCGGUCCGAUGAAAUGGCGAGGGACUUGGUGCAGCAUCUGGUUCAGGAGCUGCGUGUCGACUCGAACGAGAUGGUGGACAGGUUGUGGACUCUGCUCAACGAGCUCGGCAUGAUCGAGUAUGCCCAGGAUACGGCAGAGACAUACGGAGACAUACUCGCACGGGAUUCUCAUCGCUACGGCGAGGCCAUGUGGUACUACGCGCUCGCGCACCGGCCGAACAAGGUCCGCGAGGUCAUGAACCUGCUCAUCUCGUACUCGCUAAUCCAGUCGACGGCGUUCCCGCCCAUGGCCGACCUGGACGAGUACCUGCGCAAGCUCCUCACGGACCGCAAGAACACGCUGGAGCAGUGCGCCAACCAGGACAUGGAGGCGGCCGAGCUGCUGGGCAAGAUGCUCAGCGGGUACGCGUCGCUGCGGCAGUUCUACGAGAUCCGCGACAACGAGCAGGCGCUGCCGCACGCGACGCCGCAGGCGCGCCGGCAGCAGGCCGCGGCCGCGCUCGUCAGCGUCAUCGCCAGCUCCGACGACAACAUCCGCGGCGGCCUGUUCGACCAGACCCGCGACGGCAUCGUCAGCGAGGACUUCCUGCUCGCCCUGCUCGGCGAGGCCCUCGUCUUCGUCUCCGACCCGGACGACCCCAGCGCCGUCCACCCCACCCACGGCCAGCACGCCGCCGCCAUCUCCCUCGACCAGAUCGACGUCAUGCUCAAGGCCGUCGAGGACCUGCAGGCCGUCGGCAGCAGGGUCUACAACGCCUGCGACGAGUUCCUCCAGCUGGUGCUGGCGUCGGCGCCCGGCGGGCUCAAGGGGUCCACGCCGGCCGAUCUGCUCAAGAAGAGCGGCGGCGGCGGCGCCGGCGGCGGCAGCAGCAACUUCGUGCUCGCCGGCAGCUCGCGGGUGGCCAGCCAGCUGCAGAAGUCGCUGAGCGGCAGCGGCGGCGCGCUGGGCAAGGUGCCCGUCAAGCGCGGCUGGGACUGGCGGACCCUGGUCACGGCGCGCACCAAGGGGGAGGAUAUCAUCCGGCGCCUGAGGCUGGGGCUGGCGAGAGAUCUGGCCAGCCUGUGGGUCGCCGAGGCGGAUGCGAUGGCUUGGUGAGCGUCUGUGCUGUGCCUGUGUGGGGAAGGGAAAGAAAGACUGGCUUGGGGAUUCACUUUAGUACGGUUGAGGCAAAGGGGGGGAAUAGUGUGUCUGUCUGGUGUUAGGUUAGAUCUUGGGUGUACGGUGUAUCUAUGUAAUGUCCCGGUAUGCAGCUGUCAAGUCUAGGGCAUGGGAAACGGCGAGGGGACGCCGACAGCAAGCAAUAUCAUGGGACUGUCUUGCCUCCGAGAAAAUCAAUACCCCAGCCAGGUGCACUACGGUUGGAUGGUGACGCGUGGGAAUAAUGAAAAAUAUUGUUAGACAGUUCGACGGUUUCCAAACACCAGAAGCUCACCGGCCA